CGACGUUUGAAUAUAUUGUGACAAUGAUCGCGUUCGCGUUGUUAGCUAUUGUGGCGUGCGCAAGUGCUGCGCCCCACUACCAUCACGAUCACCACCGUCACCACCACAAUAACUUCCACGAUAAUGAUGACUUCAGCCUGGAUAAAUUCAUGGAGGGAUCGGUGUUUGACACGAGCUCAUUCUGGGAGCAAAUGAGGAAAGAGAUGAUCGGACUGACCGCGAUGAUCGAAGAUUUGCGACAACGCUUCCCCACCGGCCUUAUGGAAGAGAAAAUCGAAGGGAAUGAGUACAAAAUAACCAUUUCCCUUACCGGUUUCACAGACAAAGAAAUCGUUGUCAAGGCGAGGAAGGGACUUUUGAUUGUGGAAGCUGUUCAUAAAGUUGAUGGCGAGCCGGGGAGGAGCUACCUGGACUUGAGGACUCUGCCAGAUGUUGUCAACGUAAAUGGCAGCUGGACAUACGAAAAUGGCUUACUUAAGAUCGUUUUCCCUCUGGAGCACAAGAGUGAAGGUGAGCCGGCGGUAACGGAAGCCGUAGUCACUCAGGCACCGGAACACAGUCAUGAAGUAGUUGAAACUGAACAAAAAGGUACCAAUGACCAGAAUGCUGAUGUCGGAAUCGUUGGAGGAGCUACUAAUAACGGAAACAGUGUAUCGGCAAAUGAAAUACCCCAGGGACAGAAUGUUGAAGCUACAACGUACGCCGUAGACUUGAAAGGCGAGGUAGAGCUCGUGCCUAUAACUAACUAUUAAAGUUAUUGACUGAUUCUUGUGUGACUCAUUUUGUGGUAGUUAAUAAUAAUAAUAAAAAAAAAACAAAUA